AUGGCGGCGCCGCGCGGCGUGAUCCGGGCCCUGCACCGCGGGACCCUCACCCAGAAUAGUGGCAUGGAUCGAAUUUUCUCUGGUAUUCAACCAACUGGGAAGCUCCACCUUGGCAACUACUUCGGAGCCAUCCAGAACUGGGUGAGGCUUCAGGAAGAGUACAACUCUGUGUUAUACAGCAUUGUAGAUCUGCACGCUCUCACAGUACCACGGGAGCCAGCAGACUUCCGUCAGAGCAUCCUGGAUACCACUGCCACUCUCCUCGCCUGUGGUAUCAAUCCAGAGAAGUGCCUCCUUUUUCAGCAGUCACAGGUGCCUGAACAUGCAGAACUCGGUUGGAUUCUUGGGUGCUUAACUAGUAUGCCACGUAUACAAAGCUUUCCGCAGUGGAAGGUAAAGAAUGCCAGCCAGAAUUAUGAAGGAACCGUUGGUCUGUUCACAUACCCUGUGCUUCAAGCUGCAGAUAUUCUGCUGUACAAGUCAACACAUGUUCCUGUUGGAGAAGAUCAAGUCCUGCACCUGGAACUGGCUCGAGAUAUAGCACAACACUUUAACAAGAAAUAUGGAAACUUCUUUCCUGUGCCCAAAGCCAUUUUAAGUACAACAAAGAAGAUAAAGUCUCUCAGGGAUCCAACAGCCAAGAUGUCCAAGUCAGACCCUCAGAAGUUAGGCACACUCAACAUCACAGACAGUCCAGAGGAGAUUGUUCUGAAAUUCCGCAAGGCUGUGACUGACUUCACCUCUGAGGUGACCUAUGACCCAGACUCUCGUCCUGGUGUCUCCAAUCUAGUGACCAUUCAUGCUGCAGUAACAGGACUCAGCAUAAAGGAAGUGGUGCACCAGUGUGUUGGUUUUGACACUGCUCACUACAAAGGGAUAGUGGCAGAGGCAGUUAUUCAGAAAUUUGCACCAAUCAGGAAUGAAAUUAAGAGGCUCCAGGAGGACAAAUCUCACUUGGAGAAGGUUUUACAGGCUGGAGCAGAGAAAGCCAAAGAACUAGCUUCCCCUGUGUAUCAAGAAAUAAGGAGAUUAGUAGGGUUUCAAUAG